CGUUCGCAUACCAACUUACGAAACGCCAUGGCGCAGCAGCCGGAAGAGGAGGAAAUAUUCGGAACGGAAACGUUAUGGAGGAGCAUCGCAAAUUACAUGUACAGGCUGGAGAAGUACAACAAAUCGUUGAAGUACUACGAUUUGGCGGUGAUCGAAACGCCCAAUGAUAAGAAAACACUGAUCGACCGAGCAAGGGCCAGGGCACGGUGCAACAACUACCUCGGAGCUCUCGAAGACAUUGCUAAUGCUCUCAAAAUCGAUCCGUUGGAUCUGAUCGCCUUGGCGGAAAAAGCUCACACUACCUUCUUGAAUACGCAUUUCGAGGAAGCGUUGAUCCAGAAUCAGAGAUUGCUUCCGCGUCGGAAGAAACCUGAUUAUUUUUUCUUAGGUGCUUUGAAAUGCAUCGCGACGUUGGAACAAUGCGUGGGCGACGUCGCUGGGACGCCUCUUCGCGAUCAUUUUCUGAUCAUCAGAAGAUUGGCCUGGAAAUGGAACAUGGACUCCAUCAAGGAAAUUUCGUUCGUGCCCAGAGGCAAAGAGAAGCAAAAGAAAAAGAAGAAAGUGAAAAAACCAGAUCGCAGACGAACGACCCUUAUGCCGGAAGAACACCUUCGCGUGAGAGACCGCCUGUACAGCCAGAAAUCCGAAACCUUCGUCAUACCGCCGUUUAGGACCGAGGUGAAGUUCGCCCCGUUGCAGAAUUACACCACGAACAUAGCGAAUUACAUGGCCGAGAAGUACCUGGACCGGAUGUACAGGGAAAAAGUCUUUUUAAAAACCAUGGUAGACCAUCGAGGUUUGACCAUUCCCAAUGCAGCGGGAAGCAAGCGAUUGAAGCAAAUCGCGAUUGAAACAUACGACGGGGUUGCGAAGAAACAAGAAGUCUUAAGAACCAGUCGACCAUUUUAUUUCCUCAAGUACCAAGAAGCCAAGAUAACAGGUAAAUUGAAGAGCCGCCAAGAGACAGAUUUGCUGCUCUAUCAACAGAACGUGAAGAAGGAGACCGAUAAGCAAUUUUUGAAACUCGAAACGGCGUUCAAAGAGAAGCAAUUACCUAGUAUCAUUGAGUUGUCGGAGAAAUUGUAUCGAUUCUGCCAAUUGAAACCUAAAAGGUUGUUGCCAGACAAAGACAUGUACAUUAAAAGGAUUUUGGAUAUUGUCCGAAGAGGUUUCUACGAUCUUUACAGGCUCAAUCCAGAUCAGGCAAAAUGGGACCAAGAGAAGAGAAUUUUGGUGUGCCUGGAUCAACCAAUCAGCCGAGAACCGUCCAACGACUCGGUCAUCAAGCAAUUCACUUACAACGUCUUCGAUUACUACGACAUGGUUAAAUUUUACGAAGAUAGAAUGCAGAGAGCGGAGUAUACAGACGAAAUUUGCUGGAGCUACCACGAAUUAGCAAGGUACAGCAUGCUAUCCAAAAACUACGAAAACGCCAGAAUCUACGCCAAGAAAUGCCUGAUAGACAUAGCCGAUUUGGAGGAAAUGGAAGAGUGGUAUUUGAACCUCACGAUGAUCGUUCUGCGGACGAACAUGCGAGAGAAGAACAAAUUCGAUGCGAUGGCGGAGGCGCGUAACGCAAUGCAAUUGGCCGAGAAACGGAAAGAUCGGCAGCUUCGGGAAUACAUAAAAAGGAUGACAACGGUCAUAAGUGAAAUUGAAUUCGAAGAGGCCGAACAGUACAAGGUGGAAGAGCGCCGCCAGAAGAAGAUAAUGCAAUUGAUGGCUAACGAGAAAUUGAGAGUGGAGUUGAAAGGGUUGCUCCAACAGAUGGGCCCGAGGAAAAUGACUGGUAGCCGUGGCAGCAAAGACGCCACCGCCAGCACCACAAAAUUGGGCAAAGAUAAAGGCAAAUCUAUGGUAGAUAUCGACGCUCCGGAAGGAGCAGGUUUCAUGCAAUUAAUCCAAUUUCACAUUUGAGCUAACCCAAUAAUAAUAAAGCUCACC